GUAAGAAAUCAGAUGUGGAAAGUAUAGGAGAGCCUGAUGAUGAGGAUUGUGGAAGUACAAAUGGCAGUGAUGUGAUAGAAGAUUGUCAAACUGAACGUCAAGUGUCACCAUUAAAAGACGGGCCUACAUUCUCUGCAUUAAAAAAACUGAGAAGAAGGAAGAGAAGAAUACAUGUACAUAUAGACCCAUCAGAUAUUGCUAUCAGCGCAAGUAGCAAAACCAGGAAGAAGAAACAAUGCCCCUUUUGUGACUGCUAUGUGCAGAAUGUGCCACGCCAUGUCAGAGAGGUCCAUAAAAGGGCAUAUGAGCAUUCAAGGGCCACUGACCUCAUAUACAGGCGUGGUGGCAAAAAAGAUGUAAGACCCAUUAAAACUUGCCCAAGCUGCAAGAAGAGAACCACAAGGCUGGACAAGCACCUAUUAAGACCAGGAAGCCUAGGACAACCCUGACUACAGCCCAUGAGAGUGCUAUCCGUGAGGCCUGGCAGGCAGACCUAAAAAGUACAAAAAACUAAUGAAAUGUAGAAAGAAUCCAAAUGCUAGCAGGGCGUCUGAUUUUGGAUCAAUCAGUUAUAAUGUGUUACUUAAUACAACAAAUUGGAGGUGAAGUAGGGGGGUUUGCCAUAUUUGGAAAUGACUUCACCUCAUUUGGCACAAACAAUGGGACGCUGGGCAUUGAGCCACUUAAAGAUACUUUUUCCCUCAACAAUAGUAAGUAUGCCUAUGUACUCCAAC